CACUACACGACGGGCUGCCUGUGCCAGGGCGUCGCUGAGGACAAGGGCGUGCUGUUCAGCAAGCAAACCGUCGCCGCCAUAUCCGAGAUCACCUUCAGGCAGUGCGAAAACUUUGCAAGAGACCUCGAGAUGUUUGCCAGGCAUGCAAAGCGAAGCACAAUCACUUCAGAAGACGUGAAGCUUUUGGCUAGAAGGAGCAAUUCUUUGCUUAAGUACAUCACCCAGAAGAGUGAAGAGCUUGCAUCAAGUAGCAUGGAACAAAAGGAGAAGAAGAAGAAGUCCAGUGCAGCUAAGGGAAAGAGAAUUGAGGAAAAUGAAACACCUGUGACUGAAAGUGAAGAUUCUAACAUGGCAUGAUUUACCUUUCAAUAACUUCUCUGGUCUUCCCUUACUAUCCUAGAAGACCAAGGUUAGCCUGCCAGUGAUUGCUCUUGCAGGUUAGCAAGCUUAAUGAUUUUUUUUUUUUAUGUAAAUGUGCUUAGUUACAUUUUCUUGUUCCAAAAAUGAAAGGACUGUCAGAUUUCAACAAAGUUUACAGCCAAAAUGCCUUAAUUGUUCACUAAACAAAACCUUACUGUUAUUAAGAAGAAACUCCUUUAUUGAUAGAAUUUAAAGCCAAGCAUAUCCACUGAGCAUAUUCAUACCUCAGUAUGUGCAACUCCCUGCAAAGGACAAUUUAAUUUCUCCAAUAAUUUUUUUACCUCUUCCUCACUUCCAUUUCUGAUAGAUUUGUUUAGAUAUUAUAAACAUUUUCCUUUUUAAUAGCCGUAUCUCUUGUUGUCUUGGCAAUUAAAGCAUAUUCUGUGUCA